CCCACCACCUCCUCAUCCUCUCCUCUCCUCUCCUCUCUUUGCAUCGGACACUCAUGGUCUCGACGACACCACUCACACCAUAGAGCAACCACUGUCCUUUCGUCAUCACCGCCGCCCAGCAUGGUUCACCUCAGCCUCCCAACCCCCGACGGCUUUCCACUCUCUGUCGACUGCUUCACUCCUCCGGCUCCUUCCCAGAUCAAGGCCUCUUGUGUCAUCAUCAAUGCAACGGGCGUACAGGCACGCUUCUACCACGACUUCGCUCGCUAUCUCUCCCAGCACGACAUCGCAGUCCUCACAUUCGACUAUCGCUUCUCGGGUACCUCACUGCCCCAAGCAGUCCUCAACCAACUCAAACAAGCAGGCGAUGAUGAAGUCAAGCGCGACGACAUCUUCCAUGCCGCUUUGGUCAGCUGCCCAGAGAAAUGGGGCCUGAUGAGCCACUGGACACAACAGGACCUGGGUACCGUGGUGCGCUAUGCUCAGGAGCAGUGGAGGGGAAAACCGAUGACGCUUCUGGGCAACUCGUUGGGAGGUCACCUCGCCACGUUGCUAGACGAGGAGAUCCUCUUCCCCUCCUCUUCGAGCUCGACAGACACGGCACCUGUCCGCAUUUUGAACGUCUGCGGUGGGAAUGCCUACUGGCAGAACAAUCCGCGCCCGGAAGAGGCCCGCUUCGCUUUCGACGAGCUAGUCGUCAAGCCACUCGAGACCGACCGCGUCUUUCGAGCCAGCGCCCUCGGCCUAGGGUACGACCUGCCCUACGGCGUAGGGAGGGACUGGCUGGCCUGGUUCUACCAUCCCCUCUUCUCCCUUCAAGCCAAGAAGGACGAGGAGAAUGCCCGUCGUGUGGCCAAGAGGUGCGAGCGAUACCUCUACGUGGGGUUUGAGGACGAUGAGAGCAUUUCGAAGAACAUGAUGCUGCUGCAUUUGGGCUUGCUGGAUUUGAGCGGCAACAACGUUCACUCACUUUGGGUCGAUCCACCCAAGGCAAAGCCGGAGGCGUGGCCCAAGUGUGGGCAUGUCACCUCCUUUCAGCUGCAGAGGAAGAAGGGAGAACAGGAAGCAGAGGAGCAUGAGGCAUCUGGAGCUGAAGGGUACCAAGCAGCCGAGGAGGACGAAGACGAGGACAACAAUGACAACAACGAGGGCUCUUCCUCAUCCAAGCCUCCGCCAUCCCACCUCAGCCGAGAAGAAACGGUCUUCAUCCUCUACCGCGACUACAUCUUGCACGGCGACAUUUGGAAGUCGGCGGGAGAGUUUCGUCAAUGGCAUCCCGACGACGAGCGUGAUCGUCAUCAGAUACGCCGAGACGAAGAUGAGAGAAGGCGCAAGCUGAGGGCAGAGGGUAAGAGGGCUACAGGAGAUUUUGCUGAGGAUGAGGAGCACGAGGGAACGGCAAAGGCGCGACUGUGAGCCUGAAGGAUAGACGGGUUGCCUGCACUGCGUAGCGCAUCGCAUAGAUUUCCUCCCCUCGUGGCAUUGAUCUUUCUUUACAUAUGUAUACCGACUGGAUGAUGCUGCUCCUUUUUUGUGAAUACCAUCCAGCCAUCACACGAUCGGGGGA